ACUCCUCUUUCCGCAACUAAUCCUGUUGUUGUCUGAACAGCUGUGCAGCAGUAACGCUAUAGUUGUGUUUACAUUGCAUUUGCAGCAACAAGCUAACUGUUGUGUUGGUUGGUGAGGAUCGAUGCACGGUUAUACUAAGGAAAACUGACUGGGCGUGCUAAUUUCAGGUUACAUUUCUACAACAUGAGCUCUAUUAUUAAUAUAUUUUUAAUGCAUGUAUUUAUGAUAUGAUAUCUGCAACCAUCGUUGUACUGGUUGUGUUAUCAGCUAACUCUUUUAUGUACUUCUGCCUAUUAUAGCGGAAGUAGAUAUCAAUUGGACUGCAAUAUUUUUUGUAUGAAGGUGUUUCUUUUACUUGCACAAAUAUCCCUUUUUUAUAGAUAAUAUUACUAUGACAACUUUAUUUAUAAAGCACAUUUCAUACACAGGGUGUAGUUCAACAGGAAUUACGUUAGGGUGAAGAAAGUAGAAUAAAAACAUGCAAGUAAUACUGGUGAAAACACUACACGAUAAAACCAAGCAAUGAGGUGAAAAACAUCAAAAAGAGGCAGCAAAAAGCAUGAACAGGUUCGAUAAGAAGAAUGAGGAAGGAAGCCAUACAAACAAUAACAUGUGAAAGAUAAGAAAAACAUACAGACAGACUGGCUGCUGGUUAAAACUUUUUUUUUUAGUAGGUAACAAAUGUUUUAAGUGUCCAUUUAAAGGCCUACUAAAGUGCAGCACUACGCACCAGGCAGUCUAAUAGUACAUAUACAACUGAAUAACAUAUAUCAUUGCAACCCAUGUCAUUGCGGUCGAAUUAACGGAGUAAUUAAUAAUUUCAAAUUCGCGCCAGGAAAUCCCGGAAAAUGUUCUUGUUUCAUUAUCAUGAACUACCAUAGUAAUGCUAUAUAUCAUUUGACUCCUUUCAGUUUCACAAUGCCAAUGGCACGAUUGUCUACUGGUUGUGCAUUAUCAUGGGUCCCAAAGGGUAUAACAACUUAGCAAUACGUAUUUGAUUGGUUUAAACAACGUUUCUACACACGAUGCUGUUUGGGCACUGUACAGUGGGGCAAAAAAGUAUUUAGUCAGCCACCAAUUGUGCAAGUUCUCCCAUUUAAAAAGAUGAGAGAGGCCUGUCAUUUUUAUCAUAGGUAUAGAGCUCCUGCAGAUGAUGUCAUAUAUGCUGGUCACGUGACGAGAUACGACAGGGGCAGCCAUUUUGGCAGUCAUCGCGGCAGUAAAUUGACAGGCACUGGCAGACUGUCAAGGAUGGUGGAUAACUGCUGUGCACCAGGUUGCACAAAUAGGCGUGGGAAAAAGAAAGGUGUAUCGUAUUAUCGCAUUCCUAAAGACGCGGAGAGGAGGGAGAAGUGGAUUGGAGCGAUUAAAAGAGCCAGGAGCCUUCAGAAAAAGACUGAAAGAUGGGACCCCCCGGCCGUUGGCUUUCGCUUAUGCAGUGAUCACUUCAUAUCAGGGAGAAAGAGUGAUAAUCCGUUGAGUCCGGAUUUUAUCCCCUCAAUUUUCGAUUACCUUCCAUCUCCAGAGAAGAGGAGACAUAAAACGAGACUGGAGGUUUUUAACAGAAGGCAGAAGGCUAAACUGCACAAAGUAGAGCAGGCAAAGAUAUCUGCAGAAGCCAUCCGUCAAAGGACAUCAACUGAUGCAGCCCCAGAAGACCAUAUCACAGAGCCUUUGAAGGAGCCCCCCAUCACAGAUCCGUUGGAAGACUCAGCCGAUGAUCCUGUCCAGCCUGAACCAGUAACACCACCAUGCACCUCUGAAACCUGCUGUACCCGCAUCCAGAGUCUUGAGCAAGAAUGCCAAGCUCUAAGGGCUGAAAAUGUGUUGUUAAGGGAAAAGAUUAAUAGGAAGACCCUGACAGAGAUUAGUUUAAAUAACAAUGAUAAAAAGGUGAAUGUCCUCACUGGGCUGGCAACCUAUGCAUGUCUCAUGACCAUUUUUCAAUAUCUGGCUCCAUUUCUCAAAGUUAAAUCAUCAAUAACAUGUUUUCAACAAUACAUGUUGACUUUGAUGAAGCUUCGAAUGAACUUAACAUUUGACUUUUUGGGUUUUUAUUUUGGCAUCGACCCAACUACUGUCUCCAGGCACUUCAAAAACUGUGUUAAUUUGAUGUAUUGUAGACUGGUGCCAAGCCUAGUGGUGUGGCCUGAAAGAGAAUCUUUAAGAACAUCUCUUCCAUAUGUAUUUAGAAAUGGUGACUACGAGAAGACUGUUUGUAUCAUUGAUUGCUUUGAAAUAUUUCUAGAGAAACCAAGUAGAUUGCGACCCAGUGCGCAGUGUUACUCAAGAUACAAAUCACAUCACACCAUGAAAUAUUUAAUUGCCAUUUGCCCUCAAGGUUCAAUAGCUGUGGAUGUCUGCGUAGCGCAAGUCGGGUACAUCGUCUUCAGAGCAGGAGGUUAUGCUCUUGAAAAGCACACCGGGUGAAUUAUAUGGGUCGCUUAUAUUUAAUCUCUCUAAUUUUGUACUAUAAAGCCGAAUUUCACUUGAAUUAAAAUGAGAAGUAUACUCGCUCGGUAAGAAAACACUGGCACCGGUGGUCAUGUUGACUGCCAAAAUGGUGGCUCCCAACCAAAAGUCACGUGACCGCAGGAGCUCUAUACCUCAACUAUGAGAGACAGAUGAGAAAAAAAAAUCCAGAAAAUCACAUUGUAGGAUUUUUAAAGAAUUUAUUUUCAAAUGAUUGUGGAAAAUAAGUAUUUGGUCAAUAACAAAAGUUCAUCUCAAUACUUUGUUAUAUACCCUUUGUUGGCAAUGACAGAGGUCAAACGUUUUCUGUAAGUCUUCACAAGGUUUUCACACACUGUUGCUGGUAUUUUGGCCCAUUCCUCCUUGCAGAUCUCCUCUAAAGCAGUGAUGUUUUGGGGCUGUCGCUGGGCAACACGGACUUUCAACUCCCUCCAAAGAUUUUCUAUGGGGUUGAGAUCUGGAGACUGGCUAGGCCACUCCAGGACCUUGAAAUGCUUCUUACGAAGCCACUCCUUCGUUGCCCUGGCGGUGUGUUUGGGAUCAUUGUCAUGCUGAAAGACCCAGCCACGCUUCAUCUUCAGUGCCCUUGCUGAUGGAAGGAGGUUUUCACUCAAAAUCUCACGAUACAUGGCCCCAUUCAUUCUUUUCUUUACACGGAUCAGUCGUCCUGGUCCCUUUGCAGAAAAACAGCCCCAAAGCAUGAUGUUUCCACCCCCAUGCUUCACAGCAGGUAUGGUGUUCUUUGGAUGCAACUCUGCAUUCUUUCUCCUCCAAACACGACGAGUUGAGUUUUUACCAAAAAGUUCUAUUUUGGUUUCAUCUGACCAUAUGACAUUCUCCCAAUCCUCUUCUGGAUCAUCCAAAUGCCCUCUAGCAAACUUCAGACGGGCCUGGACAUGUACUGGCUUAAGCAGGGGGACACGUCUGGAACUGCAGGAUUUAAGUCCCUGGCGGCGUAAUGUGUUACUGAUGGUAGCCUCUGUUACUUUGGUCCCAGCUCUCUGCAGGUCAUUCACUAGGUCCCCCCGUGUGGUUCUGGGAUUUUUGCUCACCGUUCUUGUGAUCAUUUUGACCCCACGGGGUGAGAUCUUGCGUGGAGCCCCAGAUCGAGGGAGAUUAUCAGUGGUCUUAUAUGUCUUCCAUUUUCUAAUAAUUGCUCCCACAGUUGAUUUCUUCACACCAAGCUGCUUACCUAUUGCAGAUUCAGUUUUCCCAGCCUGGUGCUGGUCUACAAUUUUGUCUCUGGUCUCCUUUGACAGCUCUUUGGUCUUGGCCAUAGUGGAGUUUGGAGUAUGACUGUUUGAGGUUGUGGACAGGUGUCUUUUAUACUGAUAACGAGUUCAAAAAGGUGCCAUUAAUACAGGUAACGAGUGGAGGACAGAGGAGCCUCUUAAAGAAGAAGUUACAGGUCUGUGAGAGCAAGAAAUCUUGCUUGUUUGUAGGUGACCAAAUACUUACCGAGGAAUUUACCAAUUAAUUCAUUAAAAAUCCUACAAUGUGAUUUCCUGGAUUGUUUCCCCCAUUCUGUCUCUCAUAGUUGAAGUGUACCUAUGAUGAAAAUUACAGGCCUCUCUCAUCUUUUUAAAUGGGAGAAUUUGCACAAUUGGUGGCUGACUAAAUACUUUUUUGCCCCACUGUAUGUCGCCCCGGGCAGGCUGCAGUGCUUAGGACUCUGGUGCUAUAUGACGCCCAGGGCUGGGAAGCAGUUUAUAAAUCUUGGCGACAGAUGUCGCCCAAGGUAGUAGACGGGUUAAAGCAAACAAUAACAAUAACAAGCCAGGGUCAAAAGGAAUACUAAUUACCAUUCUGUAUUUUGUAGGCGAUCUAUAUCGUGGUCUAUCCCUCCACCGGCUCCGUCGUCCUCACCACUGUCACUGUCACUCCCAGCGUAUGACACGGCUGGCUCAAACAUAUAUGGUUGGACUCCCAGUGGCUCUGCCACGUCGAUUUCUCCAUCUGAUGACGGCUCAGGGGCAUCAGAGAGCUCACUGACGCUUUCAUCGUGUUCAGCAUCAACAGAAACAGACAGUACUCACUAGUACUGCUAGCCAUGGUUGCAACACCGGUACAGUUACACUCGUGACGUCACCCGUAAGUCGUCUGCUACUUCCGGUACAGGCAGACUGUUUUGAGAAGGUCCUCACUGGCUGAUAAAAAUAGUUUUUUCUUGUCAAUUAUUCUGCUUGUACGUGCUCUCCAAAAAUACAGGAAUUUCACCAAACGGUCAAGUAAUAUAGAUAGAACUGAACUGCUAUCCCCUUUUAAGUAAACAAAACCCAUUUCAGUAGGCCUUUAAAGAUCUUGACAGAGCUGGCCUCUCUUCUUAUUUCUGCAUCUCUUAAUAUCGAUAGAGCUUUUUUGGAGAAGGCCUGAAAUCUAGGAUUUUCACUCAGUUCAUCACCAAGUUCUCUUUAAAUGUUGUGUGCAAUACAUAAUAAGUUAUUUAUUGUCCAAAAGGAAUUAUUAUUACUUGCAGGACAGUUCCUUGUUAGACUUUCAGAGAUUUAACAAGAGUUUAUUUAUCUACCAAUUCAUAAACAAGGCUGAACAUGCGGUUGUCAGAGAAAGAUAAUUAUGUCAAAAAUACCUACAUUUUGUCCUACCAAAAGUUUGGUAGCACAGAGAAAUUUGGAACAAUCCAAAAUAACUUCAUAUAAUUUUGUAGAAGUUGUGUCUAUAUUAAGACAUCAAUCAGAUGUUAAUGUUAGUGAUUCAUGUACCGUAAUUUCCGGACUAUAAGCCGCUACUUUUUGCACAAGCUUUGAACCCUGCCUCUUAUAGUCCUGUGCGGCUUUUCUAUGGAUUUUUCAUGAUUUUUGUGAUAUCGUAAGAGGUUUUGUUUUGGUUUGUUCCGCUGUUGUACGGCACUACUUUGUCUGGCGGAAGGGCAUGUGAUCAGACACACAGUCACGGGGGAAAAGAGUGGUAUGUUGGUCACAUGUCCGUCCGCCAGGCAAAGUAGUGCCGUACGAAUUAGCGCGAAAAAGAGACUAGAUUAGCAAGAGCAAGACGAGUAUUACAGGAGCAAAGGAAGCUUUCAUUCACAAACCCUCAUUAUGGCAAACAAAAGACAUGCAUAUGAUGCAGCUUUUAAAUUAAAGGCAGUCGAUUUGGCUCUCCACGAGGGAAAUAGAGCUGCUGCACUUACCCUUGGUAUAAACGAAUCAAUGGUGAGACGUUGGAGAUGCCAGCGUGAAGAACUGGCUCAGUCCAAAAAGACGAAAAAAGCUUUCAGAGGUAAUAAAAGUAGAUGGCCCAAACUUGAAGACUUUAUUGAAGACUGGGUGAACACACAGAGAGCAAACGGGCGAGGUGUUUCAACUGUGCAGAUCCGACUGAAAGCCAAAACAGUCGCCACCGAAAUGAAGAUAGAAAAUUUCAGAGGUGGACCAUCCUGGUGUCACAGAUUUAUGAAACGAAAAGGACUGUCCAUCAGGGCGCAGACGACUGUGUGUCAGCAACUCCCUCCCGACUACGCGGAAAAAAUAACAAACUUCCGCAAAUUCACACUAAGAAAGAUAAACGAAUAUUCCAUCGGACCGGACAAGAUCAUAAAUGUGGAUGAAGUGCCUGUGACGUUUGACCUGCCUCUCACUAGGACUGUUAACAAGCAAGGUGAACCAUCCAUUACGGUAACAGGAGGAGAGCAUAUGGAAGCUCCAGAGCCGGGAUUCUCCGCAGAUGUUGGAGAACCAAAUCUUCUUGACACAGCUUCUCAAAGACUUUCUGAACAUGGAGAGGAGAAUACUUUUGUUGCUGCUCAAAAGGAAAUAGAAAGUAAAGAUCAUAAAGAGACUUUUUCCAAUGAAGAGUCAGUCAGCACAGUUUUGCUUCACAGUGCUGGGCCAAGUAGCACAUCAGAGACUGAGAGAGAAGAAGGUCCUGAGGUGAAAACAGAGGAAGAGUUUGAGUUGAGCUCAGAGGAAAAUCCUGCAGGACCUGGUGGGAGUAAGGAAACACAUAUGCAGAAGACUGUCGAGAGGAUAACAAACUUAAACAUGGAAACAGACAUGGACACUACAAAGGAAACGGGGACACAGCUGGAGCAGGUGUCUUCGGCCAGUACAUCGAGGGUUUCUAAAGCAGAGGACCUUGAUGAGAUGAUGGACAUUGGCAUAGUGGAUCAGGUGGAACAGGAAGCUCAGAUGAAAGAUGAGCAAGAGAAUCAUUUGGUGGCGGAGGAUUGCAGCCAUUCACCUGCUAUUUUUAAUACAGUGGCAGGCAUUAACUAUGUUGAGGAGGAAGAAGAUGUGAAACCCCCCGUACUACCCCCAAAGGAGGAGCAGGUUGAGGACAUGAAAGUGUCUUUAGAGAUCAAGAGCUCGUCUCCAACUUCUGAAGCCACGGCCAGUACAGGAAGGGACAGCUCCUCACCAGCCACUGUAGUGAACGGUACGAAAGUCGUUAACAUGCGGAUACCAAGAUUAGACACUGGAAGAGAGAAUGCUGCUGACCAGCCAAUCAGGGCGUCUCCCUCACCACCUCUGGUCACGGUGAAGGAUGAGCCCAUAGAUGAAGAGUAUGAUCUAGCUCUGAUAUCUACCUCAUCUGCUGCAAACAUAAAAGAUGAGCCCAAUAUGGCAAAGGACGACUUGAGGAUCGGAUCGGUCUUCUCUGUGACCCCAGCUACCGAGGCUCAGACGCUGCCCGUUGUCAACCCCUCCUCUCUGCACAUGUCCUGCUCCCACUGCAAGAAGAGCCUGAUCAAAGGACAGACAGCUUUCCAGAGGAAGGGCUCCCCUGCCCUCUUCUGUUCCUCCUCCUGCCUCACCACGUCGCUGCCCACAGCCAAAGGAGCCACUAAGGUCUGCCACGACUGCCAAAAGUUGAUAUUUCGACCUCAGGACGUCAUCCUGGCUCCAGAUGUUAAAGGGGGCAUGAGAGAAUUCUGCAGUCAGAGCUGCCUGACCAGUUUCAACUUCAAGCAAAACGCCUUCAGAAAAGCAUCCCAACCAAUAUCAGCCCCUCCGUCCCUCUGCAGCAUGUGCAGCAGAUACUGCACCAGCAAACAUGAGGUGAUCCUGAGCGGAGCUGUCCACAAGCUCUGCAGCGACGCCUGCUUCAACCGUUUCCGUAAAGUUAACAAACUUUCCAUGGCCGGCUGCGCACACUGCGGCUCCUACUGCCACAAGAAACCGCUCAUGCUGAAGCUGGAGGACAGCAACAAAACUGUGUGCAAUGUAGAGUGUCUGGCCAAGUACAAAGAGAACACUAAGACCAACCAGCCGUGCAUGAUGUGUAAAACUACCCGGCUAAUUGGAGAAAUGAUUCACAACAAAAACAGUGACGACUCAGUGAACCUGUUCUGCAGCAGCAGCUGUGUGAUGGCUUUCAAGGUCCAGUCCGUCAGCGCAUCAGGUGCUCGGGUGAGUUGUGAUACUUGUGGGAAAAACACAGUCCCUGCCUACCACCUGGCCAUGUCAGAUACUUCCAUCAGGAACUUCUGCACUCUGCCUUGUGUCAUGGCUUUCCAGGAAAAGUUCAAGAAGUCCCAGACACAGGUGAAUGUUUUUACCAAGUUGCCAGUCGGAUCAAGCCAAAUCCAGACAAUCACUUCCACCCAAAAUCAGCAGGAAAUCCUCAAAGCACCGCUGAAACUGAACUGCUUCCAGUGCGCCCGAAACAUUAAUUUUCCACCUGAAGUCAUCCAGAUCAAGGACAAGCUGGUUUUCCUGUGCAGUAUUGAUUGCGCUCAUGAGUUCAAGAAAGACAACUACGUGACGAGCCUGUGUGAAUACUGUAAGAUCGAAAAGAUCACCAGAGACGCCAAGAGGAUAAACAACAGAGACUGCUACUUCUGCAGCGACGGAUGUAAGCUCCUCUUCAGACACGACCAGACUAAAAGCUGGGGGAAGCACUGUAACUCCUGCGUCUACUGCCACAGUGUGUCCAAGAAGCUGGUGACGGCUCAGUACGGAGGCUCCACUGAGGAGUUCUGCUCUGAUGAGUGCCGCUCCAAAUACACCAUGCUCUUCUGCCACGUUGCAAAGUGUGACACCUGCGGCCACAAAGCUAAACUGAAGCAGAGUUUUUCCAUGCUGGGAGAGGUCAAGCACUUCUGUGAUCUGACCUGUAUGCUGCAGUUCUGCUGCGAUAAAGUGGCCACGCAGGGAGAAAUCUUUAAAGGUACAGCGGAGGCCACACCCGUCAUCGCCAACGUCAUCUCACUUGCAGUACCUCCAACAGAGAAAUCAAAUGCUUCCACCAGAACUGCCCAGCAAAGUACACAAAACACAGACACAGGCACAUCCAUUCAGUCAAAGAACUUUGGAAAUUUUAGUGUUCAGACAGAUACAGUGAAGGUUCAACCUCUUUCCGGCCCAAAAAUCCUGAAGAACAAGGCCGUGCUCUGCAGACCGCUGGUGCAGAACAAAGGGAUUUCCUGUAAGACGCAGACAGUCGAUGUUGAGGCACAAACAGACGACAUCUUUCCUAAAAUCAUGAUCAUCCCCGUCCCAGUGCCGGUGUAUAUUCCUGUACCCAUGAAUAUGUACAGCCAGUUUACCCCGCAACCUGUGGGGCUGCCAUUACCAGUACCGGUGCCCAUGUUCCUGCCUGUGACAAUGGACAGCGCUGAACGCAUCGUAGAAACCAUCCAGGAGAUCAAGCAAAAGAUCCCGUCAGACCCCUUCGAGGCAGAGCUCAUCCUCAUGGCUGAGAUGGUGGCAGAACAACAUGAGAAAAACAAGGAGGAGGAGAGACCAAAGGAGAAGGUGUUGGGCAAAGAGAGACAACAAGUAACUGCUCCAGAUGAUCACGGCAGUAACUACAGUGAUGACUUGGACACAGAAGACUUGGCGAGUUUUCUCAACAACUGGGACGAAGCCUCCUCUGAUCCAGCUGUCAGGUCUCCGAGUCGACCGUACGCUCACGAGAAGCUGAACCCCGUUAUAGACAUCCCCUUGGGUCUGAUCAAUGAGCCUUUCCCCGAGCCCACCCCUGCCAUGGACAUCGAAGCAGACAUCCCUGUCGAAACUUUGGAGAGGAUGGCCCGUUUAAGAGACGAGUCCAAGCGAACUCCAAGCCCUCCGCCUGUUCCUGCACGGCGAAGACAAGCUCACAGGAAAGCCAGAGAAAAAAGGGGUCGUAAAUCAAAGCGCUCGACUAAGACAGCUGAAGCGUCGACUCACAAGGCCGAGGCUGUAGAGGUCCCAAAACUGAAGAGUGAAUAUGGAGUGGAAGCCUGGAAGCGAUGGAUCCAGAAGAGGCCAACUCAACCCAACCUGGAGAAACCACGCUUUGGUUCUCGUCCCAUAGAGUUGAAGGAGGAUGUUCUUCGCUGCACCACGGCUGAGCUGAGCUACGGUCUUUGUUCUUUCAUCAGUGAGGUGAAACGACCCAAUGGAGAGCCAUACUCUGCCGACAGCAUCUUCUACCUUUGCCUCGGCAUUCAACAGCAUCUGUUUAAAAACGGUCGAGUGGAGAACAUCUUCAUGGAUCUUUUCUACAACAAGUUUGCCACAGAGUUCACUACUAAUCUUAGACAUUUUAAACCUUCAAUCACAGCAGGUGGUUAUAUCCACUCCCGUGUAGAGGAGGAGUUCCUGUGGGAAUGUAAACAGCUGGGUGCGUACUCCCCCAUCGUCCUCCUCAACACUCUGCUCUUCUUCUGCUGCAAAUACUUUGGCUUCACUACGGUGGAGCAGCACAACCAGCUGUCCUUCGCCCAUGUCAUGCGCUGCACCAAAACCAACCCUGACAACAGCAAGAACACCUUCCUGCGCUUCUACCCCCCAAUAUCCGUAAAUGAGGCAGAGCCAGAUCCAGAUGUUCCUGCUAAGAGGCGUAAGGAGGAGGAGAGUAAAGAGGAUAUCCUGGAGAUGAUGCAGAACACAGAGAACCCUCUCCGCUGUCCAGUCCGACUUUACGAGUUUUACCUCUCCAAAUGCUCCGAGUCUGUCAAGCAGCGGACCAACCUGUUCUACCUUCAGCCUGAGCGCUGCUGCGUCCCCAACAGCCCCCUGUGGUUCUCCUCCAGCCCUCUGGAUGACAGCACCAAGGAAAACAUGCUCAUCCGCAUCCUCACUGUCCGAGAGCUGCAUCUCAGGACGAAAAAAGAUGGAGGGAUAAAGCAGAAGAAACCCGAUGAUCCACCAUUUAUACCUAGCGAGGAGGAAGAGGGGGAUUCAGAGUGAGAGUUGUUGUGUUAAUAUUGUAAAGAAAGAGAUUAGAUCAUUUAAAUAUGACCUAAUAAACAGAAACAGACAGGAGAAUCCCUAAGAAGCAUAACUACAAUUUUCUGCACUGCAACUAAAGUGAUUAUUCCUUGUUUGGAACUGAGAUGCACUCAAAUUAGGAACCUCAACUACUUACUGAAUAGUACACAAAGCUAUAUACUUCUGUAUUUAGUUUGGUAAAUAGCUUUCCCAUUAAAUGUCCGGAGACAAACAGCUUUCUGUGAUGUAGAUGUAAAUUAGUGACCAACAUUUACAUACUUGAGUUUCAACAAUGCAUUGAUACUAUGAUUUGGUGUCAGUCAAAGAGCGCAAUUGUUAAACCCUAAGGGUUGUUUUGAAUGUCAUUCAUGAAAAUUUGGGAAGCACAUUACAUAACAAAAUAAUUCAUAGAAAUUCAUAAUGCAGAUAAAACCAAAGUAUGCCGGCAUUCUUCCAUUUUAUCUGCUGGUUUAAAUGAUUUUCAACAGGCUUCUCCAAUUUGCCCUGGGUGAAAUGUUAGAAACUGAAUUUCAUCAAAAGAAAAUAUGUUUCAAUUAAAGAUUUAAAUAGUUUUUUAUAUUUCUUGUUGCCUCACUCACCAGUUGGAAUUCAUUAUACAUAAAAAAAAAAAAAAAUGUAAGCAAUGUAUCACUGUUUGAAAAGACUUUCACGCCAUUGGGAAAAAUGUCACUAAGUAACCUUUUGUUGACUGAACGCACUGAAGUGAGUGUUGAUGACUGCAUUUUGGACAUGCUGUCUUCAGUCAAGUGUCCGCUCUCAUACAUGGACUUUUUGCAUAACCCUGACACCCUGGCGUUAUGAAAUAAAUACUGCUCCGUCAUGUAGAACUUGGUUAUAUUAACCCCCAUUCCUUAAAGUAUGGCUGCCAUUGUUCUUGAUAUUUUCUAUUGUAUGUUGUUUUUGAAUAAAAAUAAUUUCAAAUGUA